AUGGCGCCAAUCUGGUCAAUCUGGCCUGAACGAGCAAUAUUGCCAAAUCGGGCAAGGAAACAAAUGAGCGAAUCAUGGAUUCAAACUGGUCAACUACGAAGAGCAGCUAAUGUGUUCACAGAGACUAGUUACAUGAUUGCUAAUGCUAUGAAAGACGUGUCUGAUGCUAUAGCCUCCACAGGAGAUCGUUUGUUUAUUGUACCGAUUGGGGCUUUCGGAUCAUAUUCUCACGGCAAUGUUCGCACGUGUGGAAAUAGAGAUGAAUUGGUUAGUGGAAUUCGACAUCGUGGCUGUCGGAUACUCCACGGAAGUUACAGCUGGUUGGCCACAGCCGUUGCAAACACCGUUUCAUUUGGGCAGUCGACCCCAAUUCAACAUGAAUGGAUUGAAAUUAGAACUAAUGCUCAUUAUUAUAUUGUACAGAUUUGGACGGACGGAACCAUUGUGAUGGAACAAAAAAUGUCGCAGAGAGAAACAGAUUAUGCCGGGCUUCGUUGUGCAAAUAAAGCAAAUGAUUCCGAUGUUUGGACAAUCGAUACUCAUACGGUAUCUAUACAACUGGGCGAUGUAAUCGAUUGGCUGAAUAGUGAACAGUUUAUACCGUCCUACCAUUGGUCAAAACAUAAUUGUCAACACUUUUGCAAAGCAUUUAUGAGUUGCUUCUAA